AUGCCUGUUGUAACACGUAAAGAAGCAGAAGAUCGCGAUAUUUUCAAGUGGCUGUCAUCGAUAACAUUUCGACCGAGCCACCUUGACGCAGUGAGGCAACAUCAAGUGGGUACAAGUAACUGGGUGUCCGCUUGCGAUGAGUUCAAGAAGUGGUAUCGAGGCGAUACUCGAUUACUGUGGCUGAAUGGUGCUCCUGGCACCGGAAAGACUCAAUUAUUCGCUUAUCUCGUUGAGUACCUGAUCACCGACACAUCCGAAUCCUCGGAACACUCUCUUGUCGCGUAUACAUACUGUGAUUUCCGAAAGUCGGAAUCUCUUGAACCUUCCAACAUUCUUGGCUCUAUCGUCGCACAAUGCUGCAUGGAGACUGGCUCCAUACCUGGCGCAAUUCGAGCUGCAUUCAAGGCAUCUCAAUCUGCUGGUCAUGAGGCGUCCCCGUCACUGACGUUACUCAAAGAAUCAUUAUCAGAAAUGCUUCAAACCCGAAAGAUCUUCAUUCUGAUCGAUGGACUAGAUGAGAGCAAGAUGUCAAUCGAGCUGGGCGAUAUCAUUCGCAGCAUCUAUAUUACAGAUUCGCAUUCACAUGCAAGGGUUCUUGUGACGGGACGCAAGACGGAGAGCUUGGAGCAAGUCUUCAACGACGCGUUACAACUUCAACUGCAUGAUCACAGGCAAGAGAUCCGCGAGGAUAUUCAAGUAUACGUCAGGAGUCAACUUCAGAAGAACCGACACCUUCAAUGGCUGCCUUCAGAAAUCAAGCAGCAUAUAUCGGAUGCCUUGUCGGCAGACUCGAACCCAAUGUUUCGCUGGGCUCAAUGCCAACUAGAUGCUAUCGCGCCACUUCGCUCGGUCAAAGCUAUACGCCAAGCUCUUACCCAGCUUCCCUCGGGCCUCGAAGCUACUUACAGAAAGAUACUUCUAGGAGUUCCCCAAUACGCUUGUCAAACAAUGAGAAGCGCUCUAGAAUGGAUUAGUUUCUCUUUGAUGCCGCUCACACUCACUGAACUUUAUGAAGUCCUCGCUGUUGAACCUGGCACCUUUGACCUGGACUCUGAAGCUCGAUUAUCCAAGCCUAUGGACAUCAUUUUUCUAGGCAACUCCCUUUUUGAACUAUCGCCAACGGGGCAUGUCCAUCUAUCGCAUCUCUCUGUGCGAGACUAUCUUGUAUCUCCGAAAUAUGGAAGCGAUACAAGUGUUGAUCACUUUUGCUUUACUAUGCAAGACUCGCAUCGCAACCUUGCUUUGAUAUGCCUCACCUAUCUCAUGCUGAGGGACUUUUAUGAUGGGCCAGCCAGGACUGCGGAGAGCUAUACCCAGAGGUUGCAGCAAUAUCCGUUCCUCAAAUACGCGGCGAGUGCAUGGCCGUAUCAUGCGAACUUGGCCUUCGCUUAUUAUUCCAGAGACUCACAGAACGAAGACAAGACAGGAUAUGACGAGUUACUUAAACUUGUGCUGGAAUUCUUCAAUUUCCGCCACAGAGCAAAUUUUAUGGCCUGGGUCCAAAUUCUAAAUGCGACCUAUAAUUUCAAAUGGGACAUUUAUCCUCGCCAUGCCACACCUUUAUACUACGCUGCCUCCUUUGGGCUGAAUUGCGUAGUUGAAAAGCUCAUAUCAAGCUCAGAAUUCAACCCAAAUGACCUUGAUGCUCCAGGAUCACGUUAUGGUGGUACACCAGUUCAUGCCGCUGCGUAUCGGCAACACACCUCAACGUUGCAACUUCUUCUGAACGCUGGGGCGAACGCUGCGAAAGCAGACUUCAAUGGCGUCACACCGCUACAUUCAGCUGCGGCAAUUGGGGAUCUAGAUAUUCUUCGAAUACUUUUGGAUGACCCUUGCUCAGGCGAGAUGGCAAACGCAGAGGACCACGCAGGCGAAACACCCUAUGACUGGGCUCAACGAGCGUCGCAGACACUGGCGACCGAAAUGUUGAAAGCGAGAUCUCAUCUGCGUCCCGAAUCUCCUCAGGGACCAGGAGCAUUACCUAAGGCCUUGGCACAUGAACAGGAGGUUGACGUCUACGCUGUGGAUACGGAACGUAGCGAAUUGGAGGCAGAACAGUCAGUCUCGCCGCGUUUAGGGCCGAUCUCACCGAAUCAGCCCGUCGGCUACUUUCCAGAUUUUUACAGUAAGAGAUCUGGCCUGGACUCGUCAGUCAUCUUAGCAGUGAGUACAGGAUCUAGUUUCCUUGGUAGGACUCUUGUUACGGUCUAA